AUGGGUAGAGAUCAGCUGGACCGAGAAACACUCAGCUGUUCGAUCUGUCUGGAUCUACUGAAGGAUCCGGUGGGUCUUCCCUGUGGACACAGCUACUGCAUGAGCUGUAUUAAAGGAUUCUGGGAUGGAGAGGAUCAGAGGAAGAUCUACAGCUGCCCUCAGUGCAGAGAGGUCUUCAGACCGAGGCCUGUCCUGAAGAAAAACACCAUGUUAGCAGCUUUAGUGGAGCAGCUGAAGAAGACUGGACUCCAAGCUGCUCCCGCUGAUCACUGCUAUGCUGGACCUGAAGAUGUGGCCUGUGAUGUCUGCACUGGGAGGAAGCUGAAAGCCUUCAAGUCCUGUCUAACCUGUCCUGCCUCUUACUGUGAGAAUCACCUCCAGCCUCACUAUGAUGCAGCUCCAUUAAAGAAACACAAGCUGGUGGAGCCCUCGGAGAAGCUCCAGGAGAACAUCUGCUCUCGUCAUGAUAAGGUGAUGGAGAUAUUCUGCCGUACUGAUAAGAAGUGUAUCUGUUAUCUGUGCACUAUGGAGGAUCAUAAAGGCCACGACACAGUCCCAGCUGCAGCAGAAAGGACUGAGAGGCAGAGAGAGCUCGAGGUGAGUCGACUAAACAUCCAGCAGAGAAUCCAGGACAGAGAGAAAGAUGUGAAGCUGCUUCAACAGGAGGUGGAGGCCGUCAGUCUCUCUGCUGAUAAAGCAGUGGAGGACAGUGAGAAGAUCUUCACUCAGCUGAUCCGUCUCCUCCAGAAAAGAAGCUCUGAUGUGAAGCAGCAGAUCAGAUCCCAGCAGGAAACUGAAGUGAGUCGAGUCAAAGAGCUUCAGGAGAAGCUGCAGCAGGAGAUCACUGAGCUGAAGAGGAAAGACGCUGAACUGAAGCAGCUCUCACACACAGAGGAUCACAACCAGUUUCUACACAACUACCCCUCAGUGUCACAACUCAGUGAAGCUACAGACUCAUCCAGCAUCAAUAUCCGUCCUCUCAGAUACUUUGAGGAUGUGACAGCAGCUGUGUCAGAGCUCAGAGAUAAACUACGGGACAUCCUGAGGGACAAAUGGACAAACAUCUCAUGGUCAGUAACUAAUGUGGACGUUUUACUGUCAGAACCAGAACCCAAGACCAGAGCUGAGUUCUUAAAAUAUUCACGUGAAAUCACUCUGGAUCCAAACACAGUAAACACACGGCUGUUAUUAUCUGAGGGGAACAGAAAAGUAGAAUAUACGGGACAACAUCAGUCUUAUUCUAGUCACACAGACAGAUUCACUUAUUGUCCUCAGGUCCUGAGUAGAGAGAGUCUGACUGGAUGUUGUUACUGGGAGGUGGAGAGGAGAGGAGGGUUAGGAAUUGAUGUAGCAGUCGCAUACAAGAAUUUCAGCAGAGCUGGAAGUGAAUCUGGAUUUGGAUGUAAUGACAAAUCUUGGUCUUUACGUUGUUACACUAAGGGUUAUGGAUUUUUCUUCAACAACGUUAAAACUCAUGUCUCACAUUCUGGUUCCUCCAGAGUCGGAGUGUACCUGGAUCACAGAGCAGGUAUUCUGUCCUUCUACAGCAUCUCUGAAACCAUGACUCUCCUCCACAGAGUCCAGACCACAUUCACACAGCCUCUCUAUGCUGGACUUGGGGUUUAUAGAUCCACAGCUGAGUUGUCUGACGGCAGCAGUCAGACGUCUGUGAUCGAUGGUUCGCCUGCGAGGGAAACCUUCGACUCUUUGACCUCUCGCUGCCGUCAGGGUGCGAACGCUGAAAACAUGAAAGCAGGUGUGAGCUUCAGUCGCACUUCAAAGUCUACAAAAAUGUCUGUGAUUGCUGCUGUCACCGAGCGCAGUGACGGAUGCUACUGGUUGGGUUGGUGGUGUCGGCUCAGACUGAAGUUCACAGCCGGCAGCGAGAGAAGCUAA